AUGGAUGAAAAAAAACCGACGAGGGAUGAAAUUAUUCCACCUGUCUUCAUAUCUCGCAAGAACAAGAUCCUCGCUGAUCUUUCAGCUCCAGCAGAAGAAUACUCAGAUCUCUCACCCAAGGGCUCUGUGGAUGAAGGAAUUCACGACCUCAUCCAAGAUAUCAACACUCUGCCUGGUUUAGUGACGACGAGCAGCUGUGCUGGUCGAAUUAGUGUGUUUUUGGAGGGGAGACGUGUUCCAAAUCCGCCUGAAGAGAUCUCGCAAGCUAGCGAGCAGAGGAAGUUCGUACCCUCCGGCGGCAAGGGAGCGGGGAAAUGGUUAUAUGUCUCGCAUGAACCGCUGGACAUGGACAAUGGCUCAGAGAACAAAGAGAAGUCAUUGCAUGAGACGUUUGGAAUGACCCCUGGAGAUGGGAAGCCGCCAGGUGUAGAAGAAAGCCAGGGUCACGCCCCACGUCUUGUGCGCUUCCAUUUCGAACCCUUGAUCCUCCAUAUCAUGGCUGCCACUCUGUAUCACGCCCAGCCAGUUCUCUCAGCGGCAUCAAGUUCAGGGUUCCGUGAAAGCGGGCUCCAAGGUCUCCGCUGUUUAGAGGGCGAUAGCGGACCUAGCCCAAUUGUCGCCGUCCGAUCUGCAGGGCUUGCAUUGGAAUCUAUCAUAGGAUAUUGUGAAGAUGGAGGGGAUGAACCGGUUAUCCGGAGUUUGGUGUCGGAGGAGUACCUCCGAAUGCUUGUUAACAUGUCGAACGAGCGUUUUUCGGUGAAUUCGGAGCGUAAGGAACGAUUCAGAACGGCCAUUUUGCAUGGUUUCUCUAUAGGCAGCCCCAACAGCACAAAGUCGAAGGGGAAGACGAGACCUGGAUGGGAGGAUCCAGAGACGCGGAAGGAGAGGAAGAGGGCGGAAGGUUUGAUGAGGAAGAAGGUUCUUGAGGGUCAGGCUACGCACGCUAUGGGCCAAAAUACAGACCAUGAAGAUGAGGUAGGAAUAUGGCAUUCGUUAGAUACAGAGGCCUCAUAA